GCUGGACGCGCCUCCGCUCGGCCGGCAGCAUUUCCCGCCGGGCGGCGCCGCGCGCAGGUGUGCCCACCUCAGGCCUGGGCGGCCCUUUUCGGCACGCGAAGCGCCUGGCAACGAGGAGCGGGCGCGCAAGUGGAGCCCCCUGGCUCUUUAAAAAGAAUAGGAGAAUUGCUGCCAGCGCGCGGAGGCGGAGGCGGAGGCGGCCUUCUUCGCUGAGAGCCAAGGCAGGUUACACCCUGCAAGGGAAGAUACAAUAACGAACCACGCUCCGGAGCUUCGGUGAAGCAGACAGAGAGACCGCAGGAGGCUACUUGGACGUCUUCAAGUGUUUUUUCAGUGACUUAGAAUAUGGCAAAGGCAGUACUGAUAGAUCUGACGAGCGAAGAACCAGACCCUUGGAAUAAUUGGAGCCAGGAAUCAGUGAUCAAGACCCUGGAGGCUGUUAGGAAGGCGGACAACGGCCAAGUCCCAUUUGUGUGCCUUAUGUGUUGCCAACCCCUUCCCAGCGGAAGGAACGGCGAAGAUGUGUUGCAUUCGGUAGUGCAGGACCUCCAUUGCCCAGAGCAAGGGCGGGAGGUUGUGUGUGCAGAGAGCACAGUGGCUGCUUUGUAUGCUGUCAAACAAAAGCUGGAUGAAAAAGACAUCAGCCACGUUCAAGUGCUCUUGCCCUCACAACGAAAAGCCGUAAUGAGAGCAUUUGUUAAUGAGCUUUUCACCAGCGUUUAUCAGUUUGAGUUUGGUGAUCUACACGUGAAUUUUGAAGCAAGCAAAAUCAGACAACCCUCAGGAUCUCACGGUGAAUUUCUGCCACCACUGACAGACCAAGAUCUGGGAAGGAUUCAGAGUGAAAUCAAAAUAUACCUGCAGAGUCUUCCUGCUCUGAAAGGGGAACUGAGAAUUCUCAGAUCUGUGCUGAUUCCAGAUCAUAUCUUCCUGCAUGGGUUCACUACAAGAACAGGCGGCAUCUCAUAUAUCCCAACUCUGAGCUCUUUCAAUCUUUUCAGUAGUUCCAAGAGGCGUGACCCACCAGUUGUGGUCCAGGAGAACCUUCGCAGGUUAGCGGUUGCUGCUGGAUUCGACCCCAAGGUGUAUCAUAGUGUUAAGGUCAACCAUGCCAGCGAUGUUUGGGUCAUGGGGAAAGCCCAGCCGAAGAGCUAUGAUGGGAUAGUGACGGAUCAGAGAGGGGUGGCCAUUGCCGCUCCUGGAGCCGACUGCAUCCCCGUGCUUUGUGCUGAUCCUGUCAGAAAAGCCUGCGGUGCUGCUCAUUCAGGCUGGCAAGGCACGUUGCUGGGCGUCUCUGUGGCUACUGUUAACGCCAUGGUGGCGGAGUACGGCUGUCAGGUGAAAGAUAUACUUGUAGUAUUGGGGCCAUCGGUUGGUCCCUGUUGUUUUACACUACCGCAAGAAUCGGCAAAAGAAUUUCACAGGAUUGAUCCAAAAUGUGUAAGACAUUUGGAAUCCCCCAAACCCUCCGUUGACAUCAGAAGGGCAACACGGGUCCUCCUGGAGGCUGGAGGGAUUCUGCCUCAGAACAUUCAAGACGGUUCUGUGACGGACCCGAAACGAAACCUCACACUCUGCACGGCCUGCCACCCUGAAAAGUUCUACUCGCAUGUACGUGACGGUGAAAACUUUGGGACGCAGAUUGGUUUUAUUUCCAUUAAAGACUGAUUGUUCUCCAUA